AUGAAUGAAAUUCUAGAAUCCACUUCCACCACACUUGCUGCUCCUGAAUUAGCUAGAGUUUGCUCUCGUCGCUGGACUUUCGACUUAAAUUACAGAAAUAAAUCAUCAUGUAAUUCACCUGAUUUACCACAUCCGCCUGGAUAUUUUGAGAGAAGCUUCCCAAACACAACGGUCCGUAAUAAUGAUCCUAACCUUACUGUUAAGCGAAGCUGGGAUAUUGCAUUGGGCCCCUUCAGACAGGUUCCAAUGAAUUUUUUUAUUCUUUGGAUGGCUGGGAACUCCAUAUCUAUAUUUCCCAUUAUGAUGGUGAUGAUGCUGUUUUUCAGACCCAUUCAGGCACUCUUAUCCAUACAUGCGAGUAAGUUGAUGCUAUAUAUCUAUAUUUCAUACCAAUGUGUUUACUGUAUAAGAACUUUGUUCAAUUAA